UUUUGUUCCUCCUAAUGGAGGUACAUGGCUCAUCUUGGGGGGGGGGAAACCAGAAUCUGAUGAGGCUUUUUGAUUUAACUACCAAUUUUCAGAGAAUAAAAGGAACAGAGGAACAUAUUAGAAAAUGCAGGAAGAAGCAGUCAGCAAAAUCUAGACUUUGGGAAACUCCAGAGAACAAACGACUUUUUAAACAAAUUUUCAAGAGGGAAAAUAAUAUGGAGGAGUAAUCUAGAGAUUAAAAAUGACUUAAGAAACAUAUCACAUAGUUUAUAGUCUAGGGCUUGUUUCCCUGUAGGAGCUCUGUAUUGCUGGAGAAGGAGCAAAAGUGCCCUAAUCCUUUUAGGAUUAAUUUAUUCAAAAGAAAUAACAGAAAAAUACUCAACAUGCAAAAAGAAAAUGAAGGAAAACCACAGAACAUGCCAAAGGUGGAGGCACACUGCCCUUCAGAAGAUGUACCACAGGAGGCAGAGGGAAAUCCUCAGCCUUCUGAAGGUAUAAGCCAAGAAACAGGAAGCCUUAGAGGAGGGCUGACCCAACCUGGCUUGGGGUUUAAAGAGGACACUCCCAUGAGGCAUUUGGACCUUGAAGAAAUAAUAAGAGGCGUAGAUGAGUGGGAAAGGCUUAAGAAAGAGAUAAGAAGAGUAAGAAACAAGUUUGCGAUGAUGCAUUGGAAGCAAAGACAUUCAUGCAGCUGUUCUUAUCCUGUGUGUUCUAGACCGUAA